GAAUUUCGUGUUGAAUUCACCGGUCGGUGGUACCUCUAUAGUCAGUACUCGCGGGUAAUCUCGAUCGACAACGCGCCAAUAAAUACCUAAAUGGUAAAAAGACUAAUUAAUAAAUUUUUUUCGCGAAUUAAAUAAAGUGUACGGUUUUUUUGAAUGGAAUAAAUUUUAUUGGGAAUCGAUAAGUGUGUCCAAAUGGACCAAUCGACCCAAGUGAACUUUUCAGCAGCAAUCAAGAAUCAACACAGAAAAAUGAAACGUCACAACACCUCUGGAGAUCUAUUUUAUGCUCAACACGCGCGAUCGUUUAACAACUCUUGGGGUCAACUCAGAAAGCUUAACAACAACAACCGACCAAGAUCGUUGAACAUCGUCGAAGCUUACAAUAAGUCAAUGCUAUCGCCAGGCGCCGAUAGUUCUAUGGGUUCGAUAUCCAGAGAACGAACUCCGCCUUUUUCCUGUGAUUCCAGUACAAUAUCAAUGGGUGGUUAUAGGACGUCUCCAUUGUAUAUACCUCCGCCACCACCACUUCCAAAGGUACAAUCCAGCAUCGAUGAGGAGAGUUUAAGUAGUUCCAAGUGUUACUGUAAAUGUUACGACAUUGAAACCAACAAAACUGGCACGAAAAUGGUCUCAAAUACUCCCGAAGGGUUGUCCUGGAGGCGGUUGCAUAAAUCGAGGGCGAAACUGAAAGCCACUGCUACAACAUCAGAGUUGUUGUCUGGAUUCGCUAUGAUUGCCAUGGUCGAGCUUCAAAUCAACUCCCCAACAAACGUUCCAGAAUGGUUGUUCGUAAUGUUCGCAGUUUGCACUACAGUCCUUGUAGCAGUACACAUCUUCGCUCUAAUGAUAUCCACCUAUAUUCUGCCAAAUAUAGAAUCGAUAGCCAAAUUGGAAAUAUGCGAACUAAUCACUGAAAGCCCUCAUGAAAGAAUGCGAGGCUUCAUCGAGUUAGCUUGGGCCUUCUCAACGAUAUUGGGCCUAUUUUUAUUCAUGCUUGAAGUGGCUAUUUUAUGCUGGGUGAAGUUUUGGGAUUACAGCUUCACAGCUGCGGUGGCCGCUACCAUAAUAGUUGUGCCAGUUUUGAUUACCUUUGUAUUAUUCGCUGCUCAUUUUUAUCAUAGCUUAGUGGUGGAUAAGUGCAAUUCCUCGAUAAGCGAUAUGGAAAAGUUGGAGGAAAUGAAGAAACAUUUGGACCGAAUAAGCCAAUCACAUGUUUAGUAGGUUUUAUUUCUCUGACGUUCCAUGCGAACGCUCUAGUAGUGAAAUUUUGUGAUAAAUCUCCUAACUUUAUGCAUUUAAGAGAAUCUUUGUUAACUAUUUUUAUGUAUCAAAGAUUGUUAUAUUCUAUCUAGCUACAUAUUAUGUUUCAGGUUUUUGUUUCAUAAAAUAAUUUCUUCAGUUGUGAUAUUGAACAGUAUUUGAAUUUUGAUGAAACAAAUCGAAUAUUUUUAUUAUAUUAACAUAUAAGUGUGUGUUGGACAAAAAUUAUAUAAAUAUUAUUCCAUGUUUUGGUUUUAAUAAAUUAUUCAAACUAA